GGACCGGGAGCGGAGCUGGGACCGGGAGCGGGACCAGGAGCAGGGCCAGGACCGCGAUUGGAGCGGGAGCGGGACCAGGAGUGGGAUCGGACCAGGAGCGGAACCGGAACCGGGACUGGAGCUGGGACCGGGAGCGGGAUUGGGACCGGGACUGGAGCUGGGACCGGCACGGGGAGCGGAGCUGAGACCGGCACCGGGGCUGGGAUCGGAACCAGGAUUGCAGCCGGGAUCGGCACCGAGAUUGGAGCUGGGACCGGGAGUGGAGCUGGGAUAGGGAUUGGAGCUGGGAUUGGGAUCGGGACAGAGCUGAGAUCGGAACCGGAGCUGGGACUGGGAUCGGGACCGGGUUUGGAGCUGGCAUCGGGACCGGAGCUGGGAUCGCGACUGUGACCAGGAUUGGGAUCGGGGCCGGAGAUCGGGAUUGGAGCUGGGAUCGGCACCGGAGCUGGGAUCGUGACCGUGACCAGGAUCGGGACCGGGACCAGCACCGUGCCCGGAGCCGCCCCGCAGUGUCCCGGCCCGCAGUGUCACCCGGAGCCCGCAGUGUCACACGGAGCCCGCAGUGUCACCCGGAGCCCGCAGUGUCGCGAUGGCAGCAGCCGAGGGGAACAAACUUUGGGGCGGAAGGUUCAGUGGGAGCACAGAUCCCAUCAUGGAGAUGCUCAAUGCUUCCAUUAGCUACGACCAGAGGCUGUGUGAGGUGGACAUCCAGGGGAGCAGGGCUUAUGCCAAAGCCUUGGAGAAGUCCGGGAUCCUGUCCAAAACUGAGCUGGAGAAGAUCCUGGGUGGCCUGGAAAAGAUCUCUGAGGAAUGGUCCAAGGGGGUCUUUGCUGUGAUCCAGACUGAUGAGGAUAUCCACACUGCCAACGAGCGCAGACUGAAGGAGCUGAUUGGAGACGUGGCUGGGAAGUUGCACACUGGCAGGAGCAGGAAUGAUCAGGUUGUGACUGACCUGAAGCUGUUCAUGAGGAAUUCCCUCUCCACCAUCUCCACGCACCUCCUGCGGCUCAUCGAGACCCUGGUGGAACGUGCUGCCAUAGAAAUCGAUGUCCUCCUGCCUGGCUACACCCACCUGCAGAAAGCUCAGCCCAUCCGAUGGAGCCAGUUCCUGCUCAGCCACGCUGUUGCUCUGACCCGUGAUUCUGAGCGCCUGGGAGAGGUGAAGAGGAGGAUCAAUGUCUUGCCUUUGGGAAGUGGAGCUCUGGCUGGAAACGCCCUGGGAAUUGAUAGAGAUCUGCUGUGCAGUGAGCUGGACUUUGCUUCCAUCAGCCUGAACAGCAUGGACGCCGUCAGCGAGAGGGACUUUGUGGUGGAAUUCCUCUCUGCUGCCACCCUGCUGAUGAUCCACCUCAGCAAGAUGGCUGAGGAUCUCAUCAUCUACAGCACCAGCGAGUUUGGCUUCCUGACCCUCUCUGAUGCCUACAGCACUGGCAGCAGCCUGAUGCCUCAGAAGAAGAACCCCGACAGUCUGGAGCUGAUCCGCAGCAAAGCUGGGCGAGUGUUCGGACGGUUGGCUGCAAUUCUCAUGGUCCUCAAAGGCCUCCCGAGCACCUACAACAAGGACCUGCAGGAGGACAAGGAGGCCGUCUUUGAUGUCGUAGACACCCUGAAUGCUGUGCUCCAGGUUGCCACUGGAGUGAUUUCCACCCUCCAGAUCCACAAGGAGAACAUGGAGAGGGCGCUGAGCCCGGAGAUGCUGGCGACUGACCUGGCUCUGUACCUGGUCCGGAAGGGAAUGCCCUUCAGACAAGCCCACGUGGCCUCUGGCAAGGCCGUCCAGCUGGCCGAGACCAAAGGCAUCACCAUCAACAACCUCAGCCUGGAGCAGCUGCAGAGCAUCAGCCCCCUGUUCGGCAGCGAUGUGGGGCGGGUGUUCAGUGCUCGGAGCAGCGUGGAGCAGUGCACGGCCGCGGGCGGCACCGCCGCCAGCAGCGUGAGCGCGCAGAUCCAGCGGCUGCGGGAGCUGCUCGGGAGGCUCAGGGAGCAGCCUUAGAGCGUGGGGUGUCAAAUAUGAACUUGUGGUUUGUGUUGUUAGAAAUGAGAGCUUGACACGGCCAAUAUAUCAAGCAACAAUUUAAUAAUUAAUUAAUUAGCAUGGUAACGUGUGAGCAAAGACAGCGCUGGGUACAGUGGAAGGAUUUUCCCUUCCGACUGCACACCCAUUGCUGGACUUGCUGGGAUUUUAUUGGCUAUAUCCAUACAUAUUCACAAGCUUUCUCAGCAGUUUCCAUUUCUAGUUUUAACAUCACAAUUCAAUACUUAACAGUCAUAAACCCAUACUUGGUCCUGUAUAAUUCUAUAGGCUACUGUGAUCUAUUUCAAUAUUUCAAUAUUCCAGGAUGUACAUCCAGGAUAUGUCUCCCAGAUGGUGGGGUUCAGUUUUCAGAUGUGGGGGUCCAGUUUCUAUUUUCUAGGUCCAUCAAUAGUGAUUUUCCAGUUUCCUUCUUCAGGAGCCAUAAAUCAGUGAGCUGAAAACUUUCUUUUGUGUCCUGGAAUAUUGAAAUUUAAAAUGGACCACAAUAGGUAUUGAAUAAUGACAUUAAAAAUUGGAAAUAGAAACUGCUGAGGAAUAUAUUGGAAUAUUGGGAAUAGAAACUGCUGUAUGUUGGGGUUUUAGUGUUUGGUAAUACACAUGAGUUAAGAUGGAGGAUUUGGGGUGUUGUCUUUGUCCUUCUUCUUCCCUUUCUUCUUUCUCCUUCUCUUCGGGUUUGGGUGAUUUUUCUGGUUAGUUAAUGAAAGCUCACACUGUGGACAUUGAGUGAUCUUUAAUUGGGUUCUAAAUAAAAAUAAUUUAGGUGUGGGGUUUUAAUUGGUUUUGCUUCUUGUUUAAAAGUCCUUGAAACAAGUCAGAAGUGGCCAUUUUCUUGCCUUUUUAGACAGGGCUCACACCUUGUGAAACUGUAACUUAGAUAAGGUAUAAUAAACAUUCCAAGACUGAA